UUUUUCGCAUCUAGCUGGAAAGUGUCGGUAGCACGGCUCGCCUCCUGGCAGCGGGCACACGCGGGUCCUCCUCCCGGGGACAUCUCACUCCGGUAUCCGUUCUUCUCUGCCUCUGUCCCCGAAGGCUGCCUACCUAAACCCACGUCGCGUCUGGCCUGGCAGACAGCGAGCACAAUUUGAACCGUAAACGCCGUUUUUGUUUUUUUUUUUUUUUUUUUUUGUUUUUGUUUUUUUUUUUUUUUUUUUGGUGUUUUUUGCCACCCACCCUCCAGCGCAACAAAAGCGGAUUAUUCACGAUGUUUUCGGCGUGGUGUGAAACCCGCGGAGAAAUAUUGGUUUUUACCCCAUUAUACUGGAGGACCGCCCGUGCUUCGUGAAAAUGAAAAAGGGAUACAAUGCAGCAUGCAUGUUCUGCAUUCUUCGGGAGCGCCACACCGUUGGUGUGAAUGACUUGUGGCUGUAGGUUGUCGUGAGUGGGCCCGGGUUCCUGCACAGCCUCCGUGGCUGACUGGGAGGAGUCGAGUGGAGAACAGACAUCAGUGCCCAGGGGACCUGAGGCCUGGUUCUCCAUAUGAGGCCCUGCUGAAAGGGCAGGGGGGCUUCUGAGUGUGCCCAAGGGCCGUUGAAAGCCCCCUUGGGGGAAUUUCAUAAAUACACCCUGAACAAGAAAAGCCUCCCGGACUAUUGUUAUUGUUUUUACACACUUUCUCACUUACACACACACACACACAUACACACACACACACACGCACACACACGUACACACUCACGUGCGCGCACACACUCACACAGACAAGGACAUAGAGAGAAUGUUGGAGGUCCAAGAGGAGAGGCCAGCGGCGGCAGGUACAGCAGCGACACAUUUCAAGAAGGAGCGAGGGAAGAAAGAAAGAGAGGAGGCCAAAGACGGUCGGGGAAACCUGUCGAACCUUGGGAAUCCUGUUCCUGGCUCCAGGAACGUGCGCACAAAAGGGACACUCGCACACACAGGCAGCCCUCACCAGCUCAUCACUUCACCUUGUUCUGUAGUCCUGGGAGCCCCAUCAAUGCACUCCAAUAGGUUAAAGAACUCCCCGUCCGCCAACACACAAAGCCCUAAACCUAAGACGGAGGCCAUGGUACGAUCACCUCCUGUCAUGUCCCCCUCCACUGCCGCCCAGAUGGACUCUAAAAUGCCUAAUCAGGGUAAACCAGGGAGCACGGGCAACCAAUCACAGCCCUCACCCUGUGACCCCAAGACCCUCGGUUCUAAAGGGGCUCAAAAUGUUGCAGGGGGAAUGGGGCUGAAGAACGGCCAGGGCUUAAACUCUGGGCCAAGUUCCAAGGUGAAAGUCAAAAGGGAGAGAAGCACCUCGGUGGAGUCCUUUGAGCAGCCAGAGAGUGGUACACCUACCAGUGAGGAGAAAGAUAGUAGCAGGGUGAAGAGGAUGUGUGUGGCAGAGAGGAGGCAGCCGUACAGUGGAGCUGACUGGUGCUCUGGGGGAGAAAGUGACGAAGAUGAUAAAGGAUUCUUCAACUGCAACUCCAGUGAUGUGAAGCCCCAGGACUCUGUCACACAUUCUACCUCCAAUGCCGGACUAAGUCGCUCCUCCACACCCUCCCACAAUACACUGGGAGGGCAAGGCUCCACAACAGAACCUGCUAGUGGUCAGAAACCAGUCCCGAAACUUGUUUAUGUCUUCACCACAGAGAUGGCAAACAAGGCAGCUGAUGCGGUUCUAACUGGCCAUACAGAAAACAUCAUUGCCUUCCACAUGAAAAACAUCUCCAACAGCAAGGACAAAGCUCACCUCCUCUUGAACAAUGCAGCAAACGUCCUACGAAACGACUCAAAGCCUCCCCAACAGCCCCUAUCCCAUGCCCAAGACCAGAGCCACCAGCCUGGAUCCAAGCCGUCCUUACCUGGCAUGACAGAGUCAGCCCCACCCCAGACUUCAAAUCAAGGAAGCCAAUCUGGUGUUCUUCCACAGGAAGGGCCAUCUUCUGCUGUCAUGGAAGCCAAAAAUAUUCCUGGCAGCAGCCCCAGUAACACUACACCCCCAGUUGACCAGACCCCUGUCACCCAACCUGAGGCAGGCCUCAACCCUCCAACAUCGGUUGAAGGAGGGCAGGGUGGCGGCUCUGGUGGAGCAGGCCUGACACCCCAACAGCAACAACAACAACAGAUAGCCCAGGAGCUUCUGAACAUGGAGGCCAACACAGAGGGACUGUCCCAAGAACAGCUGGAACAUCGGCAGCGCUCCCUGCAGACUUUGCGAGAUAUUCAGCGCAUGCUGUUCCCUGAUGACCGUGACGCCCCACAGCCUGGCCCCCCACAGUCUCAUGGUGGACCUCAUGAUGGAGGUCCUGAUGGUGCACCACGGAGGUCUGAGCAGGGCCCGCUACAGGCUAUGAUGGCACAAUCUCAGAGCCUCGGACCACCAGGUGGACCAGGAGGACCCCGUCCACAAGGUCCACCCUUUGGUCUAUCUCAUGGUCCCAGGGAGAUGCCCCCAUUUCCACAAGAUGAAAUGGGCCCACAUAUGGGAGGUCCAGGUGGCUGUGGAGACAGUGAUCAGAUGACCCCAGAACAGGUGGCUUGGUUAAAGCUACAGCAAGAGUUUUAUGAAGAGAAGAGGAAGAAACAAGAAAUGCAACACCGGCCACUUCCUCCAGAUAUGAUGAUGCACCCCCAUGGUCCACGUGGUAUGAUGCGAGGACCCCCGCCUCCGUACCAGAUGGGCCCAGGAGAGAUGUGGGGAGGACCAGGUGGUCCACCAGAGCACUAUCAGGAGCGGAUGGGAAUGGGCCCAGGCCCCAGGGGCAUGCCCCCACAUAUGCAGAGGAUGCCUGGAUUCUCUGGUAUGAUGAAUCCUGAGAUGGAGGGACCCCCAAGGCCUGGAAUGGGCUGGCCUGAUGAUAUGCCUCCACGGAUGGGAGAAGCAAGAGGCUUCCCUGGAGGACCUGGGGGAAUGUUUCCUGGUCCAGGGGCUCGUGGAGAACGUUUUCCAAACCCUCAGUCAGUCCAAGAAGCAAUGUUUCACCAAGGAAUGGGUGGAGAGAAGGGCAUCCCUGCUGGGAUGAUGAUGGACAUGCAAAGGAUGAUGGGGCACCAAAGAGGUGGAAUGGAACCUGGAAAUGGCAUGGGUAUGUUUCCCAGACUGCCUGUUGAUGGCCCAAUGAGCCCAUCUUCAAGGCUCCAGGGAAUGGGUGGCAGGGAAAUGGGCCCCGAGUUUAGCAUGGGGCCUGGCCCUGGGCCAGGACCUCAUAUGCACCCUUCCAAACUACGAGAUCCCCCUAUGAAUAUGAGUCCUGAUGAAAUGUUGAGAAUGAGAGGAGGUGGGGGACCUCCAAUGGAGAAUAUGGGCCCACAAGGCAGGCCCAUGCAGGGUCCUCCCUUUCCUGAGCCGGCGCAGUCAGGUGACUUUCCUAUGGGGCCUGGACGGCCCUACCCUGGGGGUCCUGGAGGAAUGAGGGGUCCACAUGCAGACCAAGCCUUUGGUCCUGAGCACAGAUCUACACCAACAGGAGGUAAUGGUCGCAUUAACCAUCUCCCUUCUGCGGGUGGACCUACACAAGGUCAGAGAGGCCGCAAGCCAGCAGAUCUGAAUGUCCAAGGAGGGGGAAACUCCCCUAGUGUUAACCCCCUUAAGUCCCCUCCUUUGAGGCAAGUGCAGUCCCCCAUGAUGGGCUCUCCCUCGGGAAACCUUAAAUCCCCUCAAACACCGUCCCAACUUGCUGGCAUGCUCACUGGUCCCACAGGCCCCAGUGCUCCUCCAGCUCCUCAAGCUUCUGCACCAAUGAAGUCUCCCCACUCCAUGAUGGGUUCAGCAGGUGCCUCUCCUGUUCAUAUGAGGUCUCCUUCUCUUCCUAACCCCUCUCCAGGAUGGGCCUCUUCACCAAAACCACCCAUGCAAAGUCCUGGAGUACCGCCUCAGGGUGGCAAACCUCCUCUAAGUAUCACCUCACCAAACAUGAUGGGGGGCAUGGAGCAAGGUGGUAAUGGCCCUCCCUCAGCCCCUCCCUCAUCAGGGGCUCCAUCUGGUCCCAUGUCCCUCCCAGGCAACGUCCCGUCUGGCAGUCCAUACACCAUACCCCCUGAACCAACACUAUCCCAGAACCCUCUCUCCAUCAUGAUGUCACGCAUGUCCAAGUUUGCAAUGCCCAGCUCUACCCCACUUUACCAUGAUGCCAUAAAGACUGUUGCCAGCUCUGAUGAUGACUCGCCUCCAGCUCGCUCCCCCAACCUGCCUUCCGUGAACAAUAAUGGUAUGGCAAUGAAUCACCAAGGCAACCCACGUAUGAUGGGACCUGGAAAUGCUGGACCCAUGCCUGCCCUCAGCCCCCUUGGUAUGAAUCCAAUGGGAUCACAGCCUCUCUCCCAUGGCAUGCCACCACAGAUGCCCUCUCCCAAUGCCCCUAACAUGGGCCCAGGCAUGAUGCCCCAUGGUAUGAUGAUACCACCAAAUCCCCAAGAUCCCGGCAUGGCAAACCCUCAAAUGAUGCCCCAGGGACGCAUGGGUUACCCUCACCGCAGCCAGGGAUAUCCCCUCACACAGUCCCCUUCCCAGCAAGGCCCCUUUUCCCCGCACAACGGUCCUGGUCCCCAAGGUUUUCCUGGCCACCCCAUGGGCUUCCAGGGAGAGGGAGGACCUAUGGGAGGACGGAUGGGCAACAUGCCUCAUGGGGGAGGGAGUGAUGGGGGUAUGUGCAAGCCCAAUACCCCUGGUGGGCCAGAAUUCAACAACAUGCAAGGUGGAUUCAGUGAAGCAGAUCUUCAUGAGGUAAUGCGGCCGGGAGCUUCUGGCAUUCCUGAGUUUGACCUGUCCAGGAUAAUUCCUUCAGAGAAGCCCAGCCAGACUCUGUCAUACUUCCCUCGAGGUGGAGGAGACAACCCCGGGGGGAAGCCACCACACCCAUCUGGUUUUCCCAUGCAGGGCAUGAUGGGCGAUGGUCCACCAAGGAUGGGGAUGCCCAUGCAGGGAAUGGGGGGGAUGUCAGGGGGACCUGGUGGUGGAAUGGGCCCUCAAGACAUGCCAAUGGGCAACCCUGGCCACAAUUCGAUGCGGCCACCAGGAUUCAUGGGCCAAGGCAUGAUGGGCCCCCAGCACAGGAUGAUGUCCCCUGGGGGUCCAGGAGGGAUGAUGCAGGGGAGACAAAUGGCCCACCCAGGUCCUGGUGGGUCACCUAACAUGAUGAUGUCACUGCAGGGCAUGGGCGGCCCCCCACAGCAGACAAUGAUGAUGGGGGGUCAGAUGAGGCCACGUGACAUGGACAUGGGGUUCAGUCCGGGCCCUGGAAUGUUCUAAUCCAACACAAACCCUGAAAAUGAACAGAAUGGAGCUAACCAGUCACCUAGUAAUGUCCUGUGGGAACUAUUCCACUGGAGACUUGGACAGGCCCAGAUUGGAGUACCUUUGCCACAAGAACAUUUAAUUUUGACUCAUGAGCUUCAGAAUGUAUGGGAUUGUUGUGCAUCAAUUUCGCAGAAACUGUUCAUGUGUUUUUUGAUUAUCUGACUAUAAAGAUGACAUCAAAGAGGAAUCAACCUAACUAAAAGUCAGCGUGGAGAUGCUACAGUAUAUGUCUACUUUUUUCAAACUCAAAAAACAAAUUUGUCACACGAAAGUGGUAUGGAACAAGAGAAAGGAAGAAGAAUUUGUGCUUUGUGAAGACUUUAGUGGAAAUCCAUCUUGUUUCUCGCUCCAUUGUUUUGACUGUUUCUGUACAGUAUAUACGUGAGAGUGCGUCUGCGUGCUUGACAGAUUGUAUGUUUGUGUGGUAUGUAUGUAUGUGUCUGUAUGUAUAGGCAUUCUAUCAGUGACCUCUCAACUCCUCUUACCCAACUUUCAUUGGGGGAGGAACGCCCCCUAAAAAUACUGUACUGUUUACCAUUGGUGGGCUAUUCAAAUUUUAGUCUAUUUUAUUUCCUUUGUAACUCCAGUGUAUAACAAACCAAACAAUGACCUCAUUAAGAUAAUAGUAUUAUUAAAAAAGCACAAACAUGGACCAUCUGCAGAAAGCGUCUUCUUUCUCUAGUUUUACCAUUGAGAACACCACAUUAAGUGCGAGGAUCCUGGCAGCUUUGCAGCACCAUGAUAAUCUCCAGUCCAUUUCAAGUUGUGGAUGACAUUUGACUUUGUGCUCCAAAACUUUCAGGACUCAACUUCCGCCAGCGUGAAUAAUAUUGCUAAUACCCAGAUGUGCUAUGUGUGUUCUUCUUGUUCCUGUUGUGUUCCUCUUUUGUUUUUUGACUCUUGUUGACUCUGGGUAAUAAUCAUUCCCACAGCAAUAAUCCCCCGAUGGUCAGCAGAAUGGGACAGGAUUGGCUGAAUGCCACAGCAGGUAUGCCAGGUAUUAUAGAAAUAGUGCUAGGUAGAUCUGGUUAAAUUUAGUCAGGCAGGUGUGGUGUCCAGAGUGAGACACGCGGAAAUGUAAACACAUACUGCUUACCAUCCAGUUGACUUCCUCUCUUUUCUCUAUUGUAUAAGCUUGUCAUGUGUUUCUCCAUUGGCUUUGGUGCAGAAUAGCCUGCCGGGGCUGUGGUGAUGGACUACAAAUAAAAGAUAUUGUUUUGGUAUAUA